ACUUCUUUCAAUCAGACCAGUCAGUUUAAUUGACCGUCCACUUUGCUGAGUGUUUAGGAUAUUGCGCAGAGCGCACAAUAUUUAUCGGAAAAAUGAAUUCAAAAUUCAUCCGAAUUUUUGUUUGUUUUGUCAUCAAUGUAAUUAAUGUUUGCAAUGUGUUUACCGCGAAUACUACCCUAUUAGACGGUCUGUCCUAUUAUAACGAGAGUGUCAUCAGCAAAUUGAGUCCAAGGGACAGAUUCAAUCUCCAUCAUGCGUUUGUCGUUGAAGACAAUAAAUGGAAAAAUGGUCGAAUCGGUUAUGAAAUUGACGACAAGUUUCACGACCGUGAGAAGCACAAAAUAUAUUUGGCGAUGGCGGAGAUUGGACUGUCUAGUUGUGUACGCUUUGUGAGACACGAUCCAAGCAAGUACGGGUCUGAUUAUGUGAUGAUAAUAAAAGAUUACGAAGACAGAUUUGAAUCUUCAGCUCAGCUUGGCUGUCGUCAUCAGGGAAAACAGUUUCUUUGGCUUGGCGUUCAAAUGCUUUACGAUCGUGAUACACAUGCGACGAUUCUACAUGAACUGCUUCAUACAAUUGGAUUUGAUCAUCAUCAUCAGCGUUCAGACCGAGACCAGUACAUUGAAUUUCAUUUAGAAAAUGCAAAUUUAAGUGACUCAGAUAUUACUGACAAUUAUGCAAAAACUAUGUGGCCCGAUCCGCGGGUAAAGUUUUUAACACCGUUCGACUUUGAUUCUGUCAUGUUAUAUGAUACAUAUACCAUGAGUGCUAAAAUUAAAGAUAAAAAACUUCCAAGGUUUCAACGUCAAUUGUCGAAGAACGAUAAGAUUUUGUUGAAUCGAUUAUACAACUGCAGCAGGUAUCCACCGCUGAAAGAAAACGAUCUUUUUUACCUAAACGAGACUAAUCUUCGUCAUCCGGUGGUGGAUAAAAACGAAACCCUUUACGUAAGCGAGACUAAUCUUCGUCAUCCGGUGGUGGAUAAAAACGAAACCGUUUACGUAAGCGAGACUAAUAUUCGUCAUCCGGUGGUGGAUAAAAACGAAAUAUUUUACAAAAACGAGACCUAUAGUCGUCAUCCGGUCGUGGAUAAAAACGAGACUAAUAUUCGCCAUCCGGUGGUGGGUAAAAACGAAACUGUCUACGAAAACGACAUUCAUAGUUGUCAUCCGGUGGUGUAUAGAAACAAAACAUUCUAUUACGAAAACGACACUAAUAUUCGUCAUCCGGUGGUGGAUAAAAACGAAACCCUUUACGUAAGCGAGACUAAUAUUCGUCAUCCGGUCGUGGAUAAAAACGAAACUAAUAUUCGCCAUCCAGUGAUGGAUAGAAACGUAACUGUCUACGAAAACGAGACUCAUAGUGGUCGUCCAGUGGUGUAUAGAAACGAAACUUUCUAUUACGAAAACGACACUAAUAAUCGUUAUCCAGUGAUGGAUAAAUACGAAACUUUUUACGAAAACGAAACCUGUAGUCCGGUACACCGACUUAAUGAUUUUAUGAAGAACAGUGCUGUCGGUACAAAGUGGAGAUGGAUGGCUGCGCCAUUCCUGCAAUGUCUUAUUUUGCUAGUACAUUUUACCGAUUUCGAUCAAUAGUCAAGGAUCGUAAAGUUUUCUAAUUAUUUGAUUGAGGUGAUCAACGAAUUCGUAUUGCUGAUAAAUGGCUGUGUGUUCUCGAAUCUUUCAUUAUAUAGCAAAAUUAAUCUAAUUAUUGUUGUGAGACAUUAACGUAACCGAAACUUUUAUGUGAAACUAGUUUUAGAGAAUGCAAUUCAAAGUUUUGGUUUUGAUUAGAGUGUGCUACGAGCUUACAAAAAUAUACGUUUAUUU